UGCCUCGUCGCCCUCGCUCGCGCCUGAGCCAGCAGAUCUCGGCCAUGUUUGAAUCGUCCGACUCGUCGCAGUCGACCCUCUCGAGCGGCAAACACGACUCGAUGUCGCGCGACCAGCUCGACCCGGCCGCGUACGGCGUCUUGACCGGCGCGGUCGGCGGAUCGUUCGGCCCGUUCCCGCGCUCGUCGACCUUUUCGACGUCUCGCCCUGCCGCCUUUUCGCACCGCGACAGCAUCGCGUCGUCGUCGAUGGGCGUCGACCCGGUCAUCGUCCCGCCGGGCGGGUCCGAGUCGCCCCACUACACGGACGAGGACUACUCGGUCCAGGGCUACAGCAGCCCGCGCAUGACGCACAGCGGGUCGCGGCAGAGCGUCGCACGGUUGGAGGGCAUCGCGGGCGGCGGAGCUGGCGCGGCGCUCCUGUGGGAGAAGGAGCCGGACGACUUCCUCCACGACCCGGACCCUGCGCUCGACAAGGCGAUGGACAAGCAGAUGCGCAAGUGGGGCUUCGUCUCGCUGCUCAACACUGCGUCCCUCUGCAUCGUCGUCAUCGUCCUCGUCGGCCUCUUUGCCGGGUGGCCCAUCUAUCGGUUCGCGAUCGACGGCUCGUGGGGCUCGUACGCGACCAACACGAUCACCAACUCGUCGGGCCAAGUGCCGCAGAUCCCGGGCCUGCCGAGCCUCGUCGACGACACGACGCCCAUGUCGGCCUACACGCGCACGGGCUUUGACGGCGAGGAGUACGACCUCGUCUUCUCGGACGAGUUCAACACGGACGGCCGAACUUUCUGGCCCGGCGACGACCCGUUCUGGGAGGCCGUCGACCUGCACUACUGGGCCACGUCCGACUACGAGUGGUACGACCCGGACGCCAUCACGACCAAGGACGGCAACCUCGUCAUCACCAUGACGCAAGAGCCGUGGAACGACCUCAACUUCCGCUCGGGCAUGCUCCAAAGCUGGAACAAGUUUUGCUUCACGGGCGGCUACAUCGAGGUCAACCUGUCGCUCCCGGGCAAGCCGACUGCGCAGGGCUACUGGCCGGGUAUCUGGACGUUCGGCAACCUCGGUCGCGCCGGGUACGGCUCGUCUGUCGACGGUCUUUGGCCUUAUACCUACGACUCGUGCGACGUCGGUACUCUCCCGAACCAGACCUGGCCCAACGGCACCGACCCGGUCGCCGCCAAGAGCCUCGGUGACAAGGAUUACGGCGGCGAGCUUUCUUACCUUUCCGGUCAGCGUCUUUCGGCAUGCACGUGCGAGGCCGACAAGGACGACCACCCUGGCCCGACCUACAAGACUGGUCGUGGCGCUCCCGAGAUCGACAUUCUCGAGGCGCAGAUCGCCCCGAACGGCAAGCAGGGCAUGGCGUCGCAGUCGAUCCAGAUGGCGCCGAUGGACGCACACUACCUGUGGCGCAACGACACGAGCGAGGCCAACCCGGGCCUAAUCGUUUUCAACGAGUCGAUCACGACCCAGAACAUCUGGAAGGGCUCGAUCUCGCAGGAAUCGGCGUCGCUCAACACGCUCACCGACUCGACCUCGUACGAGGGCGCCGGCUACAGCACCUACGGCUACGAGUACGAGCCGGGCCCAGACGGCCGCAUCACGUGGGCCAUCAACGGCGACAAGACGUGGCAGCUCAACGCCAACGCGAUGCCGCCUCGCGACGACGUCCAGAUCGGCCAACGCCUCAUCAGUGUCGAGCCCAUGUACAUCAUCUUCAACCUCGCCGUGAGCAAGGCGUUCCAGCAACCCGAGUGGGGAAAGCUCGAGUUCCCGGGCCACCUCCAGAUCGACUACGUGCGUGUGUAUCAGCGCAAGAGCGACAAGAACGUUGGCUGCGACCCGAAGGACUAUCCCACGGCCGACUACAUCAACAACCACAUGGAGCUGUACACCAACCCGAACCUCACGACAUUCCGGCAGGCCAUGGACGUUACCAACUACACGCUGCCGCGCAACCGCCUCAGUGCGACCGGCUGCGACUGAGUGGAGGAUUCGCUGUUGGCCUCGCACGAUUCGGUUUCUGCCCCGUCCUCUCUCGCGUUUUGCGUACACACCCUUCCCCUCCCUCUUCCUCCUCCCUCCCGCACCGUACAGACACUCUGCAUACCCUGACGAUCUU